CACAUAUACGUCCCGAACGAACGAUGUAGGAACGACUAUUAAUUGGUUAUGACGUCGGGCGUUUAAAUCUCUGACGAAUAGUGGGGUUAAGGACAACACAAACCGAUCCAGUAUGAAUUACGCUCCAGUGGAAACACGAUGUUCCUCGAACUGUUGCUCCUCGUCCCAGGGAUUUGGCUGUUCGUCUAUUUCUGGUGGACGAGAAACUAUGACCAUUGGCUGAAAAAAGGGAUCCCAUACGAAAAGCCCACCUUCCCGUACGGAAACAUCAAGGAUGUGAUCUAUGUCAAAGAAACCCUCGGAGACUUUACUAAAAGAUUAUACAAUAAUUUUCCAAAUUCGAAAAUAGUCGGAUUUUACGGCCUCCGCACACCAAUGGCCGUAGUGAGGGAUCCUGACAUUAUGAAAGAUAUUCUGAUUAAAGAGUUUAAUUCUUUCCCAAUCACAGCUUUCGAAUUCAACAAAAAUGUCGACCCAAUGAUGGCUCUGAACCCGUUUGGUCUGUCAGGCGACAAGUGGAAAUUAUUCAGGAGUUUUCAUUCUCAAGCCCAUACACUUGCAAGACUGAAAGGCAUGGUGCCAGCUAUCGCCAAAUCGGCCUCCAAUUUCCUGCAGCACAUACGCCAAAACAUUGGAGAAGAAUUGAACGUAAGAGAAUUGACUAGAUAUUUCGCAGUGGAUGCAGUUGCUUCGUGCGCAUAUACUACAGAAUGCAAUUCAUUUGUUAAUCCCGAUAACCCUUUUGUUAAAGAAACUAUGGACAGAAUGUUCACCAGUAACCCGUCUAUUUUAGCGUUAUUGUUUGCUCCAUGGUGGAAUCUCUUCUCGCGAGGAAGGUUGGUGUCCCCGGUUGUCGAAAAGUUUUUCAAAGAAUUGGGCACCACUCUAAUCGCCCACAGGAAAAACAACAACCUGAUGUCUAACGAUCUUAUUCAAUUGAUAAUAUCGCACAACGAAAAAGCGGUCAAAGAAGGAAAUAAACCAUUGGACGAAACUGAGUUAGCAGCGACACUUGUGACCGUCUUCCUGGACGGAACAGAGACAGUCAGCUUGGUCUUGACGAAUGUCCUCUACCUACUCGCUUCCCACCCGGAGGUUCAGUCAAAAUUGAGACAAGAGUUGGUGAACGCUGAUUGUAGCUUCGAGAACGAUCUUGCCUUCGAUAAAAUAAACAACCUGGAAUAUUUAGACAUGGUGCUACAAGAAACUUUAAGGAUUCACCCGACCAUAUACGUUAUUACGAGAUUAUGCACUACAGACACUCAGCUUGGAGAAUGCAAGAUUGAAAAAGGCACCAAAAUCUUCAUCCCGUUGACAGCAUUAACUACAGACCCAAUGUAUUUUCCGGAACCGGAUAAGUUUAUUCCGGAAAGGUUCUCGAAAGAAGGAAGGGAGAAGUUGCCCAAAUUCACUCACAUGCCAUUUGGCGAAGGUCCGAAAAGUUGUGUCGGCAUGAAGUAUGCUGUUCUUAGUAUUAAAACAGCACUUAUCAACCUGGUCCUGAACUUCAACAUCUCUCUGAGCCCAAGGCACAAGUCGAAAUACGUUUUACCUGACCCUAAUAGUUCGUUUGUCUGCUGGCCUAAAGAUGACACCUACAUGAAAUUCCAGCCGAUUUAAUCGUAUACCUUUGUCAACAGUCACGCCUAUUACUAAUAAAAUUUUGUUUUAAAACUUC